CCCCCUUCCCAUGCCAAAAGUAAAGGUUUAUGCUCGGCUUUACACGGUUGUAUACAUUGUGAUCGUGGGUUAGGCUGUGCAAAAUUGUAUAUCAUAGAUUUUUAAAUAACUAACUACAAAAUAAAUAAGAAAGAAAUAAAUAACUAACUAUAAGAUGUUAUAUAAUUUAUGCAAGUUUCUAUAAAAAAUACUUUUACUUAGCAAAAUAUUCGAUGCUUGAUUUUUUAUAAAAAGAUAUGCAAAUGUAUUGUUACACCAUUUAACUUGCCAUUUUUAGUAUUUACAUAAUAUAAAACAUUAAGGAACAUCUAUAGCAUUCGACAUUCCUUUUAACAUUAAAUAUUUAGGUAUAGAUAUAAAGAGUAUUUGAAUUCUUCUGUCUUAUUGCGUUGUUAGUUACAUGUAAUGUGAUCUGCUUUGAUGCCUUAUGUUGUAUUUUAAAUUUUUAUUAUAAAUGUAUGAUUAAAGCGGUUAACACAAGCAAUUAACAAUUAUGGCUACAAAUAAAAAUGUCAUAGUACUUGUGCCAAACGGUCGUCGACAAAAUGUUGGAGUAACUCCAAAUACGACAAUACUACAAAUACUGGAAGAAGUGUGUCAAAAGCAUGGAUACAAUGUAGAUUCUUAUGACCUUAAACAUUUUAAUCAUAUAUUAGACCCUAAUGCUAUAUUACGAUUUGCCGGAUUAGCAAAUAAUGCACAAUUAGAAAUGGUACCUUGUACAAAAAUACGUUCCAUUUCCAAUGUCACAAUAGGUAUACAGUUGGAAAAUGGGGAAAGAUUAAUGAGUGAAUUUACACCUAAUGUAACAUUAGCUGAAAUUUUAAAACAUGUGAAUUUUAAUGAAGAUUUGGAAAAAAUUAUUUUAAUUUACAUGCAUCGUGAGAUUUCUGGAUUAGAAGCUUUAAAAAAUACUACUCUGAAGGCAUUAGGACUUGUCAAUGGUAAAGCUGUAUUACGGUUAAUACAAAAACGACCUCAAAGCAUAGGUAAUAUUGCUUUGACAACAUCCAAAACAGUUAAGAUUGCUGAAUACUUCAAUAUACAUAAAAGAGAUUCUGGAAAUAAAUAUUCAUUAAUUGCAGAUACUAAUGAAACAUCAGAAUGUUUGAUUUCUACAGGAAAGCAAACACAAAAACUAGGAGAAUUAAAAACAUGUUCUCAGAACGAAGAGAGAAAAAUAAUGAAAAGAGAAUAUGAAAAUAAUAUAAUACCAUCCACUAGUACAGAUAACUAUACUGGAAACCAAAUUUUAUUGCAGCCAUGCAACAAACAUGAAACAGAUGAUUUAAAUAAUAUAGAAUUCUUAGGUGAAAGAAAUGCUUUGGUAUUCAAUCAAACUUCAAUUCAGCGAAAAUCUAGAGAUGAAUUACCAGAUGAUUUUUAUGAUCUAACAGUUGAUGAUGCAAAAAUAUUAUUAAGAGAUGCUAAACGUUAUAGAAAAGAAUUAGAAGAAGCACCUCUCCUAACAAAUAUUCAACGACAAUCCAAUCAAGAAAAGCGAAUAUUAAAUCAAUUAAAUAAAUAUCAUUAUACAAUUAUCCGUAUACAAUUUCCAGAUCAAUUUGUUCUGCAGGGUUUAUUUCAACCAAUGGAAACUGUUCAAGCAAUCAAAGAUUUUAUAAAAUGCUAUUUGAUUGAUGCAAAUAGUGACUUCAUAAUUUUUACUACACCACCGAAACGUAAUUUGAACCCUAAUUCUCGCUUAGUUAAUGAAAAUUUAGUUCCUUGUGCUAUUGUUUAUUAUUCUGGCUCAUCAGCUCUUAAAUUGGAUGUAAAAGAGAAGUUUACAGAUCCUAAGAAAGUUGAACUGCAAGUAGCUAAUGUUAGGAAAUCGAUGCUAAAUAAAGAUGAGAAUGUAAAUAAUGAUACAAAUAGUAGAUCGACAUUUAAUACAGCAACAAAUAAUGAAUCCGUAAUUGGAAAAGGAAGUAAAAUUCGAAAGUAGUUAAAUCCAUCAUUUAAAUAAUUAAUGACCUUUGUUAUAGUCUGGCAGACUUCGGAAUAUUUUAGAGUAAAGUAUAAUGAUAUUUUAAUAUGUACAUACAUGUACACACAUAGAUAUAUACAUUCAUGUAUUUCAUUUAAUAUUGUAAUUAAACAUACUUUUGUAUAAUAAAGACUGAAAAAACGAAAA